AUGGCAAGUCCAUUUGCGUUUGUAACUUUCGCGGACGCGUCGAUUGCCCAGCAGCUGGUCGAAGGGAAUGCCAAAUGCAUUAUGAACGGUCGAGUCCUUGUUAUUGCUUACGCGAUUGAAAAAGUGAACAACUUUUCGUCUCCUUCAGACGGUCAAUUGGAACAACAUGUGCCAGAUAAUAAUUUGAAUACAACCUGCAUUCCUCCUGCCACACAGCCGACAAUACUAGAGAACAAUGUGAUUGGUCAAAAUUUGCAUGAUUGCGUGAACGAAGACAAACCAGCCACUGACAGCAGCAUUCUAUCUCCUCCAAACAUGGCGGCGAGUCUGCAUGCUGGAGAGCAUGAGUCGCCACCUCAGCAGCAGCAACUGCCGCUGCCAGAGAUGAAUACACAAUUCGCGCCAAUCUUUCCACUGCCUUGCAAUCAACAGCAGCAAAAAAUCCAAGCUCCUCUUGAUCUGCUGAUUCAAUGCACGGUUGAGAGUCAGGAGGCUAUGCGCCAGGCAUUCUAUUUAUAUGCGACGCAAAUGCAGACGCAUUGCAACGAGCUGAUAAGCAGUUACUUAACCGCUUUCACCGAAGCUUUGCAGCUGGAACAAGAAAACCAGAGCGUCGGGUUUCCCAUGGCGGCCAACAGAAAUACUUCCGCUACAACGGUGAAUAUGACAAAUGGAAACAUCGCUUCCUUUCUUCCAGAAGUUAACCAAGUGACGCCGAUGCCUUUGAAAAUGCCAGUAAACAAUGAGGCACAACCGCCAGCUGCUAAUGAAAGCGCCUACCCUCCUGAAAAUUACGUUCAGCCGACUUGCGGUAACUUUAGAGCAUCUAAUGCCACGUUCAGCCCAAAAUCUACGCCAACCAGAAAAUGA